AUGUCCGCAACUAUCUACUUGGACAAGCAACAUGCAUAUUUUACCAACCUCGAUUCCCUGACGGGGAAGGUCGUACUUGUUCUGCACUCUGAGGCUUCGAUAUCGGGGAUUCAGGUGAAGCUAGAAGGGGAGAGUCGUACACGUCUUCCAGAUAAUUCAGAAAGAAAGCGGACGGAAGCCGAAAUUCAUAAGAUAUUGUACAAAGUGGUCAACGUCUUUCCCACCCCUGAUCUCUGCCAGACCGGUCCCGGACCUUCGUCGUGGACAUUCGCAUCUGGGACAUACGAGUAUCCGUUUCAAUUCAAAAUUCCGUUCAACAAUGCCUGCAACCCUCAUAACAGCAUGCUCACCAACUUGACAAUAACCGGAUUGAAGGUGGAAAUGGCUCGUGAUUCGAACCAACAUGUCAAGAAAGCCCUUCCUCCAUCAUUGGCCGGCUUCGCAGGCGAAGCAGAAAUCAGGUAUUAUGUCAAGGCGACAGUGAUUCGGCCGCAGUUCUAUAAAGAAAACAUUCGGGCUUUUGUCCCCAUCAACUUCCUCCCAAUUGAGCCACCGAGAACUGGCAAUCCAAGUGAAGAGAUGUAUGCAAGACGCCAGCAUCAGUUUUCCAAUAAGCAGGCGAGGCCACAGAAGAAGAGGAGCUUAUUCCAGAAACAUUCGGUCCCUUCAUUCCCAGAUGUUGAGGAACCUCCUGCCUUGUCCGUGGAUACGAGGUUACCAAAUCCACCCAUCCUGACUUGCAAUGAACCCAUUCCUUUGCGCAUCUUAGUCAAAAGGCUGAAUGAUACUCCAGAAACUGUUUUCUUACAAAUGCUGCAGAUCGAGUUAAUUGCGUACACUCAUAUUCGCGCCCACGAUCUCCGGCGGACACAAGCGGGGAGUUGGGUCAUCGUGAGCACCAGCAACAUGUCAAUGCCUCUGGGAAGCCCGUCUGAUCCUGCUGGCACUGAAUGGACAAUACAGCCUGGAAUCUGGGACCGCAUACCUUUACCGAAUACAGUCGCGCCGUGUUUCGAGACCUGCAACAUCUCAAGAACCUAUGAACUGGAGGUGCGAAUUGGAUUCACACAUGGUAGCCAUGGAGUUAUGAGGCCUCAGCUUAUUGUGCUACCAUUGAGAAUGGCGGUCAAAGUAUACUCUGGAAUCGCCCCGCCACAGGCUCUCUUGGAUGCAGUUGCUGCCUCUGCACAACACAAAGUCAAACCUAGCCUUCCCCAUCAUCCCAGCCGGGCUUCUGAUGACGAGGACAAACGCCCGCCGAUGCCUCCACGACCGGCUGCACCGCCGGUGCCUAAUGCUUCCGAUGAUGGUUAUGAUGAUGCUCCUCCAAGUUAUGAAGAUGCUAUGGCUGAGUCCUUGAGUCCCGUGGAUGGUCCACGCCGAGAGUAUAACCCACCAGCUGCCUCUUCUGCACGAAGGCCACCUGAAACUGGAGCUGAUUCGAAGUCCCUAGUGGAUUUACACAAUGAUCAUGUGCUGCGGACAGCUUAUGGGAAUAUCUCGGCAGCAUCCUCAACGGAAACUGUUAAUAUACUUUCCUCCUCUCCUGAGAGCCACUUGGAUUCACCGCCGCUGUCCGCAACUGAGCGCCCCUUGAGCACGACCAAGUUUCCCGUGAAUCCUCCGGAUAAUAAUCCACCACAAUAUCAAGCAAUAUCGGAAAACACAACAAGUGCCUAUCAGCAGACCACUGGGCGCCAACAGUCUGCGCCUGAGUCUCGCCCCAUUAACCUAGGGGUUCCAAACAGGAAGCCCGUACCGCAAAGUCCGAACAGGAGAUUUUCCUAG